AACAGUAUAUACAGAGCUGUGCAGGCAGAGGGCGCUGAGUGGCAGUAUACACGGCGCUGUACUAUAGAAGGAGAGGCCGGGGAGAGACAGCAGGAGAGGGGGGCAGUAUACAUAGCGCUGUACUAUAGCAGGAGCGGCAGCUGCAGAAGCAGAGGAGGGAGCGGCAGUGGAUGAGAAGAAGGCCCGGCCUCCCCCCCGCACUCCUCCCUCCCCCGCCCUCCCGGUGUCGCCGUCACUCUCCAGCCGGGAGCUGAGGGAGGUGAGGCCGCCGUGUGUCCGCGCUGUGCCCGGGAGUCAGCGGGAGAGUCUGCGCUCCGGUACCGAGAUGGAGCAGUUAUCGGAUGAGGAUUUGGACCAUGGGGCAGAGGAGGACAGCGAUAAGGAGGACCAAGAUCUGGACAAGAUGUUUGGAGCCUGGCUAGGGGAGCUGGACAAACUGACCCAGAGUCUGGACACAGAGAAAUCGGAAGAGCCAGUGAAGAGAUCGCCGCUGCGCCAGGAGACGAACCUCGCCAACUUCUCAUAUCGCUUUUCUAUGUACAACCUGAAUGAAGCUAUAAACCAAGGGGAGACCGUGGACUUAGACGCUCUCAUGGCCGAUCUCUGCUCCAUAGAGCAGGAACUUAGCAGCAUCGGGACGCAGUCCUCCAAGAACACCCUAAAGUCCCAUGACCGCAGAUCCUCCCAGAAGCCGCCCGCUGGACGGACAAGCGCCAAGCAGAGCAGCCUGAGAGGAUUGCCUUCUUCAUCCGUGAGGAUAACCAAACCUACGCACGCCAACUUCUCCCUAGAUGACAUCACGGCGCAGCUGGAGCAGGCCUCUCUCAGUAUGGACGAGGCAGCAAGGCAGGCCAUUGUAGAGGAUGUUAAACCCGUUGUCACCAUCCAUCAUAGGCGAACGGCGUCAGCGGGCACAGUCAGCGACAGCGAUAUCCGCUCGGUCAGCAACUCCUCGCGUUCCAGCGUCACCUCCGCAGCCUCCAGCAUGGACUCCCUGGAUAUUGACAAAAUGACGAGACCUCAGGAGCUCGAGCUGCUGCAGCAAGGCCAGCCCAUAUCCGAGCAUUCCUAUCUGGACAGGGAGACCUCUCUAUUGCUCAGAAACAUUGCAGGGAAGCCCUCGCACUUGCUGACUAAGGAGGAGCAGGCCGCCAUAAUCAAGGCGGAGAAGAUUCGGAUUGCACUAGAAAAGAUAAAAGAAGCCCAAGUAAAAAAGCUUGUGAUCCGGGUGCACAUGUCGGAUGAAAGCUCCAAGACAAUGAUGGUGGACGAGAGACAGACGGUGCGGCAGGUGCUGGACAACCUGAUGGACAAAUCGCACUGCGGCUACAGCCUGGACUGGUCGCUGGUGGAGACCAUCUCCGAGCUGCAGAUGGAUCGCAUCUUUGAAGAUCAUGAAAACCUGGUGGAGAACUUACUGAACUGGACCCGGGACAGUCAGAAUAAGCUCAUGUUUGUGGAACGCAUUGAGAAAUACGCCUUGUUCAAAAACCCACAAAACUACCUGCUAGGAAGGAAGGAGACUUCUGAGAUGGCCGACCGCAAUAAAGAAGUGUUGUUAGAGGAGUGCUUCUGCGGGAGCUCCGUGUCCGUCCCGGAGUUAGAGGGCGUCCUGUGGCUGAAGGAUGAUGGGAAGAAGUCCUGGAAGAAACGCUAUUUCUUACUCCGAGCAUCUGGUAUUUACUAUGUGCCUAAAGGGAAGGCAAAGGCAUCGAGAGACCUCGUCUGCUUCCUGCAACUGGAUCACGUCAAUGUUUACUAUGGUCAGGAGUACCGCAGCAAAUACAAGGCACCCACUGACUACUGCCUGGUGCUGAAGCACCCGCAAAUCCAGAAAAAGUCGCAGUAUAUCAAGUAUCUGUGCUGCGACGAUGUCAGGACAUUACACCAGUGGGUCAAUGGAAUCAGAAUAGCCAAGUAUGGAAAGCAGCUGUACACCAACUACCAGGAGGCCUUGAAGAGGACGGAAGCCGCGUAUGACUGGACGUCUCUGUCCAGUUCCAGUAUGAAAUCUGGAUCCAGCUCUUCUAGUUUACCAGAAUCCCAGUCGAACCAUUCCAACCAAUCAGACAACGGGCUCUCUGACUCUCUUGGCGGUUGCCAUGUGCGUUCCCAAAGCAUCGUCAGCUCCAUCUUCUCCGAAGCCUGGAAACGAGGGACGCAGCUGGAGGAAUCCAGCAAGGCUCGGAUUGAGACCUUAACUCGUCCCCUAACUUCACUGACCCCUCAAUCGCAGGUGCAGAUCAGAGCUGUCUCUCCACAUGCUGCACCUCAGUCUUCACCGCUUACCCCACCUCCUCCUCUGCCCCCACCUCCACCGCCUCCCCCACCUCCUCCUCCUCUCCCCACUCAAUCCAAGUCCACCCCUAUUCUUUUUGCUAAGUACAGCACCAUUACCAGGUUGCAAAAUGCCGCCCAGUACCCCGGACCUUAUUUCAAGGCACCAUCAGCAAGCCAAGCAACUCAGCACACCGCACUAAGUGCUAAACCUCAAAUGAUUGUGACCCCAAAUGGGGCUAUUCCACCGCCACCCCCACCUCCUCCCCCUCCUCCACCACCUCCUCCAGGCUCUGCCAUGGCAAUGCUAAGACCAAACCCAUGUACUUCAUCCAUGCCUCAGUUUACACCUCCACCGCCUACUUUCAAGAUUAAUCAAGUCCCCCAGAAUAACGUUAUCCAUGCUGCUCAGCCUCCUCCUCCUCCACCGUUGCCACCACCUCCGCCACCUCCACCACCGCCACCCCCACCUCCGUUCCAAGCUCCAAUCAAGCAGUUUGUUCCUGGUGGUAAAAUUACAGCCCCUGUUUCUGCUCCACCAACAACUGUAGCUUUAGGACCUCCUACACCACCCAAAAAGCAGCUAAACUUCACCCCCUCCCUCACUCAACAGCCUCUAGCACCCCCAUUGCUCCCAACAGGUCCAACACCACCUCCGACGUUACCAAAACAACAGAGUUUCUCUGCCAAGCCUCUUUCCUCCCCUCAGUCUCCCAUGCCCUCGGUGAAGCAACUUGCUAGUCAGUUCCCGCUCCCACCACAAUCAGAGACUCAACCUCCCAAGCCAGCAACGCCAAGUACGGCUCCCCAAUCUCCCCCAGCUGUGAAAGCAAAACCAAAAUGGCAGCCGUUUUCUGUCCCAUCACCUGAAUUUCCUCCUCCUCCCCCGGAGAGUAGCUUAGCACUACUUCCUCCACCGCCCCCUCCACCCCCACUCCCUCCAUCAACAUCCCCUGUCCCGCCAUCUUCUCCAACUCCAGAUAAAACUGGUUCCCCUGUUAAAAAAGCAAGCAAGACAUCAAGCCCAGGAGGCAAAAAACCUCCACCCACUCCCCAACGCAAUUCAAGUAUUAAAUCCAACAGCUCUGCGGAGUACCAUGAGUCCAAGAAGUCCUCUGUCGACAGCCUUGUCUCCAAGUUUGCCGAACCUCCUGCAUCUCCUACUAAAGAGGCGAUACCCCCACCAGCAGCCCCACCAAAACCUGUUAAACUUAAUCUUUCAGGAGUAAACUUGCCCAUGGUUUUUCAGCAAGGAAACCUCUCUGCCCAGAUGAUGCUUUCAGCAAAAGAGCCCACCACAGAAUUUCCAUCUCCACUGUAUGAUUCCGAAUCGGAUUUCCCACCUCCUCCAGCAGAUCUUGAGCUUCUCCCCCCUCCACCUCCACCUGCAGAUAUCCCGCCAGUUUUGUUUUCUGGGAAUACAUCUCCGAAAGUGGCUGUUGUGAACCCGCAGCCCCAAACGUGGUCAAAAUCGUCUGUAAAGAAAGCUCCACCCCCUACUAGGCCGAAACGGAAUGAUAGCAUGAAGCUAAUGCAAGCUGAAACGGCAGAACCUACUCCCGCCUGUCCUCAAGCGCCAACUUCGCCUAAACCGGGCCUCAGUGUACAGCCUGGGUUCCUUGCUGACCUAAACAAGACUCUGCAGCGGAAGUCUAUUACCCGACACAGUUCUCUAUCAUCUGCCCGUUUAUCUAGGCCAGAACCCACUGCUACUAUGGAUGACAUGGUACUUCCUCCUCCACCACCAGAACUAUUAGGUGAUCAUCAAAAAGCUAAUUGCUAUGGAGGGAGCCAUUUAUCAGGCUAUGCAACAUUACGAAGGGGUCCACCUCCAGCCCCACCUAAAAGAGACCAGAAUACCAAACUUUCUAGAGACUGGUAACCCACGUCAUAAACUUUUUUUGAGACUAGAUUAACACUUGGCUGACUAAUGUACUAUGAAUUUAGGAUCCUUGUAUGAUAAUGCCUAUUGAGGCGAAUGUCGCAUCGGGAGAAGGGUCACUGCGCACUUCCUUUGUUUAGCAAAAAACGUUUCCGGUGAUCCAUAGCUCGUUCCCAGUACGGACAGGACCAAACCAGAAUUCAGAUCCUACGUAUACAGAAACCUUUUUGUAGCGUAUGUUGGUGUGCAGUGUGUUCCUGCAUGUGUUCCUGCAAUAGGCAUAUAAUUCUGUCAUUAUUAUAGCAGCUGUACAAUAAAACAUGACAAGGUUUUAUUUCACCAUGUCUGUAUCCAGUGAGCCGCAGCGACAAGUAUAUAAAGACUUGAUACUUGGUGCGGUGGAUUUUCCUGCUCCGUUUCAGUGUCCGCGCUUAGAUUUAACUAUUUGUUCUUUUUCUCAGCUUGUUACAGGGGACAGUGAGCUAUGUACUGAGGUCUGCCUUACCAGAAAGGGGUGCUAUUGUCAUCUGUGUGUUGUCAUUCCACCGAAUGUUUUCCCCCCAUCUCAGCGUAGUCUACUGUACCUGGAGGCGAGCCCUCCUUCCACAGCCGCUGCUGCAAAUGUCACCAGAACCUGUGAGGGAGCAAUAGCCAGAGUCCCAGAGUCUUGCUGAAGUGAUCGCGGUGUAAGGACCAGCUUGUGCGUAGCGUCCUAGAUGAGUAACCUGGUACUUUAUCUCUGCGGGCGUAUACAGAGGAAUAGAAAGUCGCAUUUGCUGCCAUUGGCCUUUAUGGGCGGAUAUCUUGUUUUUAUAAUCCUGUCGCAGCCACGUAAAUCUUCCAUUGCGUUCUGAGUGCCGAUGACUUUCCGGUGUUUAAUGUACAGAAGUGAUUCCGUAAUAACUAAUAGACUGGACGAGUGACAGAGCCCGGAACCGUGACAUAGUUCUGUAUUAGCACAACGCGCGCCUAAUGUACUGCCGUAUUUGUUUUUGUAAGAAGUUUUGAGCAGGACUCUGGAGCUAGGUUAUCCAGAAAUCCACCAGAGCGGGGCUAUGGCUCAGGCGUGUGAUGGAAUUAUUGUACUCUGCGUUAUGUAAUGGUCUUGGGGCGACGUGCAGCGAUUACGGCAGAUGUUAGUGCACGGCUGCAACUUCCAUGAAUGCGCUGUUCAGUGUUCAUCAGAAGGAAGCUUUAUAAAGGCCACGUAUAUCGCGCAGCCUUCCAACGCUCUUGUAAUCAGAGAUGACCUAAGGAGAUUACUUCUUAAGCUUUUCCCUACGAAUGUCUCUGUCAUUAUUCACUAAAGUUGGGGUUUUACAUGAUGAUGUGUGAUCAGUAGCCAGGAAGGGGUGAGCAGCGGCCGCAGAGUUCCGUGUCCCAACGUGGCCUGGACUUCUAUAAUAUUACAGAGAGAUGUUCUCUCUCUCCUCUACUAAUGAAGGUACUUAAUAUUCAGAAAUGUAUUUAUAAAGGGUCAUUGCCCUAGGGCGCUGGUUAUAAUUUGGUAUUUCAUUAACAAGUCAUGGAUUUGAUACACGGAAGGGCCAGGUUUACCGUUGUGUACAGACGGAGAAUGCUGCGCCUGAAUGGGCGCUCCGAUGGGUAUUGCCAAAUUCCGCUACUUUUUUGUUUGUUUUAUAAACGAAACUGCCCGUAUAUAUAAGCGCGUCUUUGUGGUAUAUAAGGUUUGUUUAAGAUUCCAGAUGCUGACUGAGAAUAGAUUAUUUUCCGUGACUUCGCUCGUGGUAAGAAGGUGAGUGCGCACGGUCUCCUUUAUGCGAUACUCUGAAUAGCGCUUCCGCCCACUGGAAAGAUCUGUCAUAUUCCCGUAAGCAUCACGUAUUCAUGAGUCCGUUACGUUAGUCUAACCAUGGGGAUUGGACAGUCCAAGGUUGCUGGGUUAUCUGCCAGUGGCGCAUCAAUUUACUGCGGUGAAAGUGGGCACACCAAUUAAAUGAUGAGUCCCGCAAUGGUCAUGGCGCCUGGAAUAACGCUCAGUUCUACGCCGCCUGGCGGCCGACGCGAGGGAUGUUCUCUGCUCAAGGUGUGACGCUCAUCAUUUACUCUUGCUGUUAGUGGAUGUUAGAUGCUCAUUCACCAAUGGACGGUAGAUAUUUGGGAUAUUCAUGAUUCUUUUAGGAAUAAUUUAGAUACUUUGGGACUUGGACAACAUCUGUAAUUCGCAUUGGUAUUUACAUACACAGGGUUCUGCAUAGAUCGUCUAACAAUAAAGCAAAGUCUGUAACUACAACUGAAUUGUUAUAUUAAGAUAUUUUUGAAAGUUAAUUAUUUUUAUUGUAUGUAAUUUUAAGUACAAAUAUUGGACAUGGUGAUAUUGUGGAAAAUGAUACGUCUGUGUUCACUGUCGUUAUACAGUUUAAUCUCUCUGGACUUAUUACCCUGAAUAUCAUUUAAUAUUGCUAAAAUUAUCUACAAGACAUAUACAAUAAAAUGACACGAUGACAAAA